GAUGAAAUCUCGGCUCUGUGAGAAGACACACCUGAAGAAAGGUGUAUGGAGUCCCGAAGAAGAUCAAAAAUUGAGAUCUUAUAUUAAGAAAUACGGAAUUUGGAACUGGACUGAGAUGUCCAAAGCUGCUGGCUUGAAUAGGUCGGGAAAAAGUUGUAGACUCCGGUGGGUGAACUACUUAAGGCCAGACAUCAAGCAUGGGAAUUUUAGCCAAGAAGAAAAGGAAAUCAUUGUCACAUUGCAUGAGACUCUAGGAAACAGAUGGUCUGCAAUAGCAGCAAAACUACCUGGAAGAACAGACAACGAAGUGAAAAAUUACUGGCACACCCACUUGAAGAAACGGUUCCAGAAGCAGCUGCCACUGCACAGUUCUAGUAUUAGUAUUAGUACUAGUACAAGUAGUGCUACUACAACUACUACUAGUACUACUGUAUUAUUAGGAGGAAUGAAAUCAGAACCAAAUUUAAAUGAUGAAGCAGCCUCUGAUAAGGACAUAAUUGUUAGCAAUAGUAUUUAUGAAUUAGCUACUGAUCAUCAACUACUCUCAUUCCCUUACGAGCCUUUAAUAUCAUCAAAAUUGGAAAUCACAAAUCAUCAUAAGGAACUGCUUUCUACACAUGAUUUCCCUUCAGCUGCGAUUGUUACCUCAGCACCUACAAAUUAUGAAAUUGGCUAUAAUAGACGUGAUAUUGACCAGAAUGAAGUUGUUAAUGAUACUGAUCAUUAUUGUAAUCAUAAUUACGGGACUACCAUCAAUCAUAAUACAUCUCAAACAUCUGAAGAAAUUCAUCAUUGUUUAUGGACACAAGUACCAGGAGGGUUUGAAACCCGGGAGGAUAAUCAUGCUCAUCAAGGAACAUUUGUAGAUGAUCAUAUGCAUCCAAAUUAUGGUCAAGUUAUGGGACCUAGUAGAAGUAUUUCUGAGACCAUGUGGCCAUAUGAUUUAUACGAAUUAGAAGAUGUCUGCAAUGAUUGGUUGAAUUAUAUGGAUAACAUAUUCUGAAAGUGCAAGGAAUGUACCACACAUAUAUAUAUUUAUACAUUUAUACGUAAUCUGAUGAUGUAGGA